AUGAAAUUCCCGGGCUCAGUGCUGGCGUCCGUGUUCCUGUUCGUGGCCGAGACGACCGUGGCGCUCUACCUGAGCAGCACCUAUCGCUCGGCCGGGGACCGCAUGUGGCAGGCGCUGACGCUGCUUUUCUCGCUGCUGCCCUGUGCGCUCGUGCAGCUCACGCUCGUCUUCGUGCACCGGGAUCUCAGCCGCGAUCGGCCGCUCGUGCUGCUACUGCACCUGCUGCAACUUGGGCCCCUCUUCAGGUGUUUUGAAGUGUUCUGCAUCUACUGUCAGUCAAGCAACGCUGAAGAGCCUUAUGUCAGCAUCACCAAGAAGCGGCAGAUUCCCAAGAAUGGCCUCUCGGAAGAGAUUGAGAGGGAAGUGGGCCAGGCAGAAGGCAAGCUAUUCACCCACCGAUCUGCAUUCAGCCGGGCAUCGGUGAUCCAGGCUUUCCUGGGCUCAGCCCCGCAGCUGACCCUGCAGCUGUAUAUAAGCCUCAUGCAGCAGGAAGUUACUGUUGGAAGAAGCCUCUUCAUGACUCUAUCCCUGUUGUCCAUUGUGUAUGGAGCCUUGCGCUGUAACAUCCUAGCCAUCAAGAUCAAAUAUGAUGAAUACGAGGUCAAAGUGAAGCCUCUCGCCUACGUCUGCAUUUUCUUCUGGAGGAGCUUUGAAAUUGCCACUCGAGUCGUGGUCCUGGUCCUCUUUACCUCUGUCCUGAAGACCUGGGUGGUGGUUGAUGUGUUUGUCAACUUUGUGAGCUUCUUCUUGUUCCCCUGGAUCUUCUUCUGGUGCAGUGGCUCCCCAUUCCCUGAGAACAUCGAGAAAGCACUCAGUCGAGUGGGUACCACCAUCGUUCUAUGCUUCCUCACCUUGCUCUAUGCUGGCAUCAACAUGUUCUGCUGGUCAGCUGUGCAGCUGAAAAUCAACAACCCAGAUCUCAUUAGCAAGUCCCAGAACUGGUAUCGGUUGCUGGUGUACUACAUGGUGAGAUUCAUUGAGAAUGCCUUCCUCCUCCUCAUGUGGUACCUUCACAAGACUGACAUCUAUAUGUAUGUGUGUGCACCCCUCUUGAUUCUGCAGCUGUUCAUUGGGUACUGUACAGCCAUUCUUUUCAUGCUUGUGUUCUACCAGUUCUUCCACCCUUGCAAAAAGCUCUUUAACUCCUCUGUUUCUGAAAGCUUCCGUGCAUGGAUUAGGUGUGUCCUCUUUGCCUGCAGGCAUCAGAAAUUCCUCCAGCCAGCAGGAAAGACAGACCAAAGGUCAUCUGGAGACAGAGAUGAAACACCUUCCAGCAGUAAAAUAAGUUCUGUGCCCAGCCAAAUAUUGAAUGCCGAAGAGAUCUGCUCUGCUUAA